AAAACGAAGAUCAAGAAAGAAAGUAAUACAACUAAAAUACAUUGUGAAAAUUUAUAACAUUUGCUAUGACAAAAGAAGAAGCAACAUCGCAAUUAACUCGAAGCAUAUUUCACACAAUUUAUGUAAAGUUUACACGAGCCCGUAUAAAACUAUAUGGAUGGCGUCAUUUAGGAUGGUUGGUUUUGUUGGUGGCUGCACUGAAUGUUGUUUGUAUAGGGGGAAAAAGAAGGGCAUUCGGAAUAUUCGUUGCUGCUCUACAUAAAGCUUAUAAUGACACGAGUAUGACGGAAUUGAAUUGGGUUGGUGACAGUUAUGCUGCAGUUGGAUUCUUUUUAAUGCCCUUCGCUACAACAGCAAUAAUUCGAUGGAAUCGACCGUAUAGAUGUACCAUGCUUCUAGCCGGUUUAUUAAUCUUUAUAAGUUGUAUGACAUCAGCAGUGGUGCCUAGUCCAGGGUAUCUAUUCCUGACCCAUACACUUAUACAUGGCCUUGGGUCUACACUAAUUUUAUGUGGGACAAGUCUUGUAACAGAAGAGUAUUUUGACAGAUCUCAUCGAUUUCAUGUUUUAGCAACUGCAUUUGUUUCCGGUGGACCUUAUGGUGUACUAAUAUUUGGUCCAUUGUAUUCAAACUUAAUACAAAGCUACGGCUGGCAAGUGGCAUUUCAAUUAAGUGGAUUACUUUUCUUACUCGUGACAUCUUUAGCCGGAAUUGUUUUUAUUUCGAGAGAUAUAUUUGAAUAUAACCAAGCUAUGUUGGAGAUUUCUGAUACAUUUGAAGGAAAUACCAUAAACGAAGCCUUACGAAAGGAUUCUUUAUUGCUACGUAAUUCUCCGAAAGCCAGUGAUGGACGUGGAUGGGCUUUUUGCUCAGUUGAACAUUUGAAAAAUAAUCCGCAAGUAUUCGUCUGGGGAUUUGAACGCUUACUUCAUAAUCUCGUAAUAUAUGGUUUACUAAUGAACAUGACAGCUUAUGUAAGUCAGGCGUUAAAUGAUCAACUGGUAUUGGGUGCCCGAGUUAAUUUAUACUUUGGUAUAGGAGAAUCAGUUGUAUUUACACUUGGAGCUUUAAUCGGUGAUCGUAUACGAGGUUAUUUAGCAUUUGCCUAUUUUAUUGGAGCAUUAUUUGCAGCUCUAUUUUUGGUUAUUAUGCAAAAUACAUAUGAAGAUUUAAAUGUGGUUUAUGUACUGGCUGGAUUUACUGGUGCUACUGUUGGUGUAGGCAAUACAUUUCUAUAUGCUACUUCAGAAGAGAUAAUGAUGGUUCAUGGAUCGAUUGCAUUUCCUAUGACAAAAAUGAUUGCCGGUAUUGGUAUGCUGUUAGCCCCAUUAUUCUCUGGUGCAAUUAUUGAUGGAUUUGGAUACGGUGGAUUUUUUAUUAGUAUGGCAAUUUUAGUAUCAAUAAGGGCUAUUCUCUUAGGUCUCAUAUGUUAUAUAUUAAAUCUCAAGAAAAAAUUGAUUUUAGCUAGUGAAAAAGAACACAUAUCUACAAAUGAUAAUAAUCUUAAUCAUUGUUGUCAAAAUACUACUGAGCAAUGCAAUGAAAAAAUAACAAAAUUAAAUGAAGUUGAUAAUGUAGUAUCUGAAAUUACAAAUGGACUAUAUUUUAAUUCAACAGAACAUGAUUUAGAAAAACGUAUUCAAACUUCUUCUGAAUGGUAUCAUGAAAAUGAUCGCAGAAUACCAUAAUUUUAUUUAUAUAAUAAAAUUGUAUAAUUUAAACAUUACAUUGGAACUUAUGUUGUUAACGAACCAAAAAGACAAACCCCCCCCAAAAAAACGCAAUAACUUUAUUUACAUUUGAUUGAAUGAAAUUGAAUUUCUACGGUAAAAGUAUAAAAAAAUACUUGAAUAAACGAACAAUAAUUGAAACGUUUCAGAGUAAGUAACGUUUAUUUAUAAUGCUGAUUCUAUGAUAAACAAAAAUCAUUUCAGGUGAUAUAAUCUUAUUACAUUAUUUUUCGAAAUACAAUAAAACAAAUCCCAUCAAAUUUAAAUUUAAUGUUUAUCGUACAUUCAAAAACUUAAUAACUUCGUUAUCAGGCUACAUAGUUAUAGAUUCAUAAUUAUAAAAUAUAUGUUACAACUAGUGAAUAAAUAUCUCAAAGAUAUACCUUGCAUUAUUCUUAACUCUCAUUUUAUUUGUUAUAAUCCAUAUGGAUUUCUUAUAUUAAUUAUCAUGACAGUAUUCUACAACGAUUUUUAAUGAGAUUUUCUCAAAGAUCGUUAUACUAUUUUACAUUUUUAAGUUGAUUAUUAUAGAUUUAGAAAAAGAAAUUGUUCAAAAUCAGUACUCACAUAAGUACUAAUUUUUUUGAACUUCAAGUUGAUAAAUUUGGGACAUAUUACUGUGCAGUAAAACAGAUCCUGAUUGCUAUUCAAGUGCAACGAGACAUAGGUGUUGUAAAAUCAAUUCAUUGUACAUGGUGGGUGUACAGUGUCAAGGAGCCUAAAACUACGAUGAAACAGUUGUCCUAUGUUCUCUACAACUAUCAUUUCGUAAUACAGCUUGUAUCAAAUUGAAAUAAAUGAUUUAUGUUUGAAAAAAUAUAGAUAAUUCUUUAGUAUUCAUAAUAUUAGAGCUGACACUUCUUAUAUUCUGUUAUUUAAUUACUUUAGUUGACAGACAUAUUUUCAUUUGAAAGUUUUUUCAUGUCAUGUAUCUCUAGUGACUGAAUUUUCAAUAGCAGAAAGCUUCCUGUUACUUUUGAUAUUGAACUUUUAAAGAUUUUUAAGGGUUCUCAUAAUAAAAGACACUAUUUAAAAUUUC